AUGAAAGAGGAAAAAGACAACGUGAAACUUAGUGAGACUCUUGGGAAGUUACCAUGUGAGUUUGUUUGGUUUAAAGAUGGUUGGAGGAUGGAAUUCUUCGGUGGAGUCGCUGUUGGAAAUUUAGUGCUAUAUGAUGGGAUAGAAUUGCAAGCCUCUUUAUAUCGGGAAAAUAGAGUUUUAAUGGACCUUGGGUGUUACGUAAGAUAG